GGUGGACCUUUUAAUUUUUCACAUGGCAUAUGUUGUAAGGUUGAAUGCUGCCUGCAGAUGGAGGUGCGACUCACCAUAUGUGUCAGGUGAAACGCAUUGCGUGUCCAUCUAGGGCGGUAGGAAUGGAUGCGUUAAUGCAGAUUAGCUGCGUAGAAUAAGGCGCAAUAGUGCUACAUCUUAGACAAUGAGGAGUGUAUUUAAGGGGGUCCUAGCAGCUCCUUCAGGCGAUCUCCCUAGUAGGGAGCACUUACAAAGGAGCGCCACCCUCGAGAAAUGAACCCUGGCCUAAAAUGGUGCUGUGCGGACGCUCGGGUGGGGCGAUUACGACAUGGGCACAUGAAAAUAUGUGUGAACAUGAAAAUAUUUUUUGUAAGGGAGAAUUUGCCAUGUAUGUGUUUACGAAAUGGAAAAAUUGGGCAAUCGCCUAGUUUUGCCAAACAGGUGUAAACAUACCAACUGGGUAGAAAAAAAAAGUGAAGGCUCUUUUGCUACAGUAUGGGUAGUAUUAAAGAUAAUUUCAAUCCGCUUUCUCCUUUUUUCCUCUUUUUAAAUGCUUUCAUUUUGACGCCUUCGGGAGGGCUAUAUUUGUGGGUGGGGUAAGUUUCAACGCAAAUGGGGGAUCCUCACCUGGAUGAACAUGCUGUGGAGAAAAAAAAAAAAAAAAUUUAAACACGCUUCCCUGCUUUUUUGCAAACAGCUUAGCUGCACAUAUGGUGACUCACAAGAGGUGCCCGCUGAAAUCGCCCGUUGAAAUAGCCCCUUAAGGAAUGGCGUACCCACCUGGCAUGUAGAAUAACGGCAUCGUUUUCGCUUCAGCCCAAGCGUUACAGUUAUGAUAGGCUUAUCGAGGAAGAACCAGUAGAACGUUGCUCCUUCUUCUUUUCUGACGCACAGGCACCAAAUGGAAAGUUACUCCUUGCGAAAACAAGUACAAUGUUCGGCGUUCGGGAGGUGCAUCGCGCAGGGAGCGGCAGAUGGGUGCGCUCUCGGGGAAAGUCUCUCUCAACCAGGGGCACACUCAAACGGGAGUCGCUCAUCUGCUUACCGAGUGGUGAUAAACUACCCCCCGACGGUGAACAAUGUUCCUGCAGUGCGUGCGGAACGCCCUCGUGAGGGGGGCGGCGCAGCCUAGGCGGAAGGGAGCAAUCUUCGACGUGCACACGAGGUGUAUGAAAAACAAAAGAAGAGGGUUGAAGGAGCAGCCGAGGAAAAAGCCACUGGACAUAGAAAAAAAAAUAAAAAACCCAGACAAAUAUGAAGAAAAAAUGCAUUUCGAUAAUUUAACCAAGGGAGAGUUAUACAUCCCCGAAUCGUGUAAAGCCAGAAAACUAGCCAUGUUGUGUAAUCGGCUGUUUUAUUUUGAGAUAAAUGAUGAGGAGUUGCUAGAUAGGUAUGCUCAAAGAGCCAUCGUCCUAGUGAACAGCAUGAAUACAAAAGAAAUUUCCCUCAUAUUAAACACGAUGAGGAAGUUUAAUCACAGAAAUGAGAAAUUGCUGGAAACUUUCGCGAAGCAUAUCCCCCGCAAGUUACACAAAGGAGUGCCCCAAGACAUUUCGCUAAUACUAAAUGCGUAUGCCCAUUUUAAUUAUAUUGAUAAUCACUUGUUCAGCAGGAUAUGCGAAGAGAUCCCUCACAAAGUUACCUACUUCUCCCAUGCGCACAUUGCCAGUGUUGUUAAUGCUUUUUACAAGCUAAAGAUAAAAGACAGGAUCAUUAUUGAUGACCUGGUGGACGAGACAAUUGAGCGAAUCGACGAAUUUGAUGCGAAAUCGCUGACGAACAUGAUAAAUUCCUUUUCAAAAUUGAACUAUCAAAAUGAAAAUAAGAAAACCAUAUGGGUGAAGUUCAUCCAGGGUGUGAACAACCUACGGAAAGAUUUUAACUUUCUCGAAAUUGCCCUCAUAACAAAUGCGUUUUGUAAAAGAAAAUUUAAAAGUGAGAAAGUCUACCACAUGUUGAGCGAAAUUUUAAGUUGGCACAUUUUCGAAAUGAAAUCUGUGAGUGAAAGCAACUCCUUUUUGCUCUGCACCAUUGCACAUGCAUUCGCUAAAGUCAGAUUUUUUGAGAAGGAUUUACUUCAUUUUAUCCUUUCCUACUUUACGAAUGAGCAGAAUUACGCCUCUUUGGACAGCCAACAUUUCGCGCAACUCAUUUAUUCAUGUGCUGUGUUUAAGCAGAACGAUCAAUCGUUCCUCGAUACGUUUACCAAGGUGGUUUGCAAAAGUUUGGAAAAAAAAAAUAACCAGCUAAACGAGCAAGCCUUGUCUACCAUUGCGUACGCCUACGCCAAGUUAAACGUCAGAAAUGUGAAUUUCUUCGUUCAGCUCUCUUCCUACAUCAUUAAGGAAAAAAUUUUUUUAUCUCCCCAAAGUUUGAGCCUAAUCUGCUACAGCUUCUCCAAGCUGAAAAUAAAAUCGCAGAUGCUGUUUUACUUUUUGUCCAUCCAGAUUUUUCAAAAUAUGAAUUUGUUUAGCAAGCAGGGGUUAUCCCUCAUUUUGUCUGCCUACGCAAAUUUGCAAAUUUUUCACGUGAAAAUGUUUUCCCUCAUUAAUAGGUACUUAAAUCUGUAUGUGGAUAAUUUCACCCUUGAGGAGUGCGUGCUGAUCGCUGGCCACUACCAGCACGCGGUUAAGUGCAUCACUGAUGAGGGGGGAGCGGAGCGAAUGGAGGUGGCGGAGCAACCGCGAUCAUCAUCUCCCCUCAUCGCAACGUCCAACACGAAAAAGGAGUUAGAAAACUUCAUCUACCUAUUAAGAGACAAAAUUGAGCAAUUCCAGAGGGAGAAGGAGCAGAGAAGGGGAAAAGAACCCAUGGGCAGUUACCACCAAGAUGGUUUAACCUCCAACGAAGGUGAAGAAGAGGAGGACGACGAAGACAGCUUCUUCUCCAUUUUUAAUCAAAAUGAUAUUAUAAAUGAGGACUCGGCGGAUGUGGGGAACCACUCAGGGCAACCCCCCAAUGGUGUAGAACCACACUCGGGUGUCUCCCCAAACAAACUAACCACUAACAAAGCAACUCCUAAAGAUGCAGAGGAACCGCUGUGCAACCCGGAUGACCCCUUCAGCCAACUGCCAGAUCAUAUUCAAAAUAGGAAGAAAAAAGAAGAAGAUGCGCUCAAAAUAUACAAAAAAAUGUUCCUAACGGAUGUGGAAAGUGGCACAUCUGUGAAGGGGAAAUUCCCACUAAUUAAUGAAAAGCUAAAUGAGCGUCUGCGCACCAUCCUGAGCAAACAAAACAUCACAGCAGAGGAUGCUAAUGCAAAAGAGGAUGAACAUGGCAUGGAGAAAACCACCAAAAGUUUGCUCCAGUUAAUGGCGUCCAACAAGCCACCAAAAAUAAAUUACCAAAAGGAAAAUUUCAUAAAAUCCGCUGAGCAGGUGGAAUCCGAAUUUAUAAAGGCCUACGUAAGUGAGCAGCAGGAACGCAGCGAUGAUGGCAAAGAUGGCAAAGAUAGCAGCGCAAAAGGGAGAAAGGGGCGAAGGGGAAGGAACAAGCAAAUUCAAAAUAUGCUAUCCGGGAAAUACCAACCCGUUGAUGAUCUCCCAGCGUUGCGGAAAAAAUGGAACGAUCUUUACAACCCCUCAGUUUGA